CAAGCCUGCAAGUUCACACGCAGGGUAAAGAAUUCCCUCCAACGUAGUGGCGCUGGCGCAGAGCAUUGUGGGUACCGGUGGAAACUGAAAGCAAACAGCUUGUUGCUUCGGCUUCAUUUAUUUCAGACAAGACUAUAAGCUCUGCCCUCACAUUUGUGACCCAGCCAUGUCUUCGACAUCCCAAAAACAUAAAGAGUUCGUCGCCGAACCCAUGGGGGAAAAGCCUGUGAACGCUCUAGCAGGCAUCGGAGAAGUCCUAGGCAAAAAAUUGGAGGAAAAAGGCUUUGAUAAGGCGUACGUUGUCCUGGGCCAGUUUCUAGUUCUGAAGAAAGACGAGGAGCUUUUCAAAGACUGGCUUAAAGACACCUGUGGAGCAAAUGCCAAGCAGCAACGUGACUGCUACGGCUGUCUUAAGGAAUGGUGUGACGCCUUCCUAUAAAUCCUGUUGUCGAUCUUUUUUUCUUUCUUUUCUUUCUUUUUUUUUUUUUACUUCUGAAGUCUGAAAUGUACAUUACCUCCUCAGCUAUCCCCAGACAAUUCUGCGACAAAUCCUCACUAGUUUUCACUAAACCACUAAAGUAACACACAGCCUUUAUUUCCAUUCAACAGAUUCCUGCUCAGUUUUAAGUUAAUGCCAAAACACAUCGGCUCUGAUUUUAUUGGGAUUGACUCAGCAGCUGUUUGAAGAGUCGAAUCUGAGCGUGUAGAGUUGGAUGAAAGCUGUGUGUUUCAGCUUUUAUGCAGUAAUGACACCUUCUAAUGUCUACUCACUCUUAAUGCCCUUUUUAUGCAAAACAGGUGAAAUAAUUUCCAAUGUUAACACAUCUAUACCAUCACUGUCUGUAUUGCUUGUAGUUCACGAACAAUCCAGGUUGUGGUUUUUGCUCCUUUUACUGUAGCUAGGGCUUUUAAAUGUUAUUACACUUCUGUUUUAUCGUCUGGAAUAAAGAUCUGCGCUUAACUUGAUACCUUGGUUUAAAUAUAAAAAAAAAGUAAACUGCAUUGAAAAUUUGCCAUUCUGUGCUUAAUACUCACGCAUGUAGAAAAUCACUGUUAGUUCAGAGUUUUUUUUUCACAAGGACUAUUUUUAAUUGUAGUUCCCGCUAAAGAUAAGCAUGAUGCUGACUAACUGCUGUCUACAGGGCGAUGUUCAGUAUUAGUUUUCUACCACAGUAUUUGUUAGCGAACAAAAAGUUCAGUUUUGCUCCAUUUGCCACUGCUGUUGUAGAAAACUGCGAUGCUGCCUGCAUUUAACACACUUGCUAAGUUUGACAAAAGGAUUUUUUACUAAAUAAUAAAUUCUGCUCUAAGUCCUUGUUAGGCUGUUUUGUUGGACGACUCAGAAAAAGUUACCUUUUCUGCUAAAAAUAAAGCUGAAAUGAUUUGAUUCUUGUUCUAGCUGUAAAGUCGUAGAAAACUUUAGAAAUUGAUCUUUUCUGUUUGGACUUGAAAAAAUGAAGGAACAUCCCCAUUGGGUUACCUGGAGAGGGAAAUGUACAUGACUGAAGAUGCUGAUGCAACAAACCUGGAAACCGUUCAGAUAAACUAUAUUACCUGACUUGUAGCUCGAACACUUGUGCACUGCUUUUUAGGUGACGAUUCGCUCUGACCCUCGUUUAGUUUUAGCUGUCAGAAGCCUUAUCGCAUGCUGUUGUAAAGAUGUAUUUAUCACUAAUUGGGAUAUCGAUCACAAUGCAGAUUGAUAUCUAGACGCCACCAACAGCUAUAUGAAAAUGGUCAUUGAGGUAUCUGUGAAAACACUGGCCCGUUCGUUUUGAUCUCACUGAAAAAAAAACAAUAAACGACAUGUGUCACAUUCA